GGAAGAGAGAGAAAGGGAGAGGUGGAGGGGAACAGCUGCAAGCGGAUACUCAACAUCAACAAGCUGUAUGAGGCAUCUGUAAAGAAGGAGAAGGGAUUUAGCGAAGACAGCGAGGGGGGUUCCUUGCGUUUUCCCCCUUCUUCUGCUUUUUGAUUUCAAGAUCAGAGGAGUGGAGCUCGCAAGAAUAUCCUACAAGUGGUGAAGCGAUGGUUUAGCGGAGCAAUUUGCUGGAUUGUUUUUACAGCACGCCCGCCCAACCACUGUAAUUCUGAUCUUCUGUACAUCUGUGGACGCUUUUUCUGGAGGGAGAUGGCUGUUUUCAGGCUGUCGUUGCUGCUGCAAGUGGGAUUUGUGAUCGGAUCGAACCAUAAAUACGCGGAAUGGUCAACGCAUGGGGAAGAUGUGAGAGCACAGGAGGCGGUUUACGGUGCUCAGACGCACCGUCGGCAGCUGGCGCAUCUCCGUGCGCCUCAGCCUCCUCCCGGGGAGACGCCGGAGAACCUGGAGGAGCUUCUCCCCAGGGUGGUCACGGCUUUCCUUCACUCGGGAGACUCGACCACCUUAAAGCACGCCAACUGCUCGCGGAGGUACGAGCUCACCUCUCUGCGGGGAAGGUCACAAUCCAUCCCGCACAAGUCCAUGAGCAGCGUGCUGGAUACGGUCCUGCACGCCACAAACUUCCUCAACAUGAUCCUGCAAGCCAACAGGUCCAGGGAGCAGAGUCUCCGGCGAGACAUUGAGUGGUACCAUGCCUUGGUCAGGAGUAUACUGGAAGGAGACGCCAAGAUCCACCGGGCUGUGGUCUCUUUUAGCGCAGAUUCGUCUGUGGAGGGGCCCUCGGUGCUUCUCCAGGCCACCAGGGCUGGUGGGGAGAUAGUCCUCCAUGACCUCUCCAGCAUGGCACACCACCAUCUGCACAACCGCACAGCAGACACAGAGUGGUACCACGGUGUCAAAGACAGAAAGAAGCCCAGUUUCCAUAAGAGGGUGCUGAGUCAAGAUUUUAAAUCACUUGACAAUUCUCUAAAAAGGGGAGAAAGUUUUAUCCCGGACAAGACACAUGUCAAAUGGUCUGCGCCCUACCUGGAGUGUGAACAUGGGAAUUUUGUUCCCCGCUGGGUUUUGACCUUAUCGGCAGCUUUCUAUGGCCUGAAGCCCAACCUGGCUCCUGAAUUCAGGGGCGUGGUGAGAGUGGACAUUAAUCUGCAGGAUGUUGACAUCGACCAGUGCUCCACUGACGGCUGGUUUGCUGGAAGCCAUCGAUGCAACCUGACCACUAUGGAGUGUUUGCCUCUCCAUGGUCAUGGAUUUGUCUUGGACAAGUACACGUGCCACUGCAGGAAAGGAUUCUUUCAUCCCAACAGAGUGGCUGUCAACGGCUUUUCAAGGAUGGGACGAAAGGGACAAGCUGCAGACAGCGGUCCCAAUGCAGACGAGGGGUCUUCCAGCGACUGUCUGCCAUGCCAGCAGGGCUGCGCCUUCUGCAAGGACGACACCCCCUGCGUGGUACGAGAGGACGGUGCCCUCCGCUUGGCUGUGCUCUCCUUCCAGUGCCUCUGCAUGCUAAUCGUCUUCGUCAGCAUGAUACUCGUCUACCACUUUCGCAGGAACAAGAGUAUCAGAGCAUCAGGUCUAGUCCUACUGGAGGCCAUUCUGUGUGGAACUCUGCUUCUCUACUUUCCGGUUGGGAUUCUCUACUUCCAGCCAAGUGUUUUCCGCUGUAUCCUGCUGCGAUGGGUCCGCCUGCUGGGUUUCGCUACCGUCUACGGGACACUGACUCUUAAGUUGUACAGGGUGUUGAAGGUGUUCCUGUCCCGGACUGCCCAGAGGAUCCCCUAUAUGACCAGCUGGCGAGUGUUGCGUCUGCUGGGCAUCAUCCUACUCAUCGUCUGCUGGUUCCUGGUGGCUUGGACAUCUGCUGUCUGUCAGAACCCGGACAGGAAGUUGGCUCUCAUCGAUGUGGGCUACACGCCCGAUGGGCUGCAGUUCAGCAUGUGCCUGCUGGAUCGCUGGGACUACAUGAUGGCUGUCGCUGAGUUCCUCUUCCUGCUGUGGGCAGUAUAUCUGUGUUACGCUGUGAGGACGGUGCCCUCUGCAUUCCACGAGCCUCGAUACAUGGCCAUCGCUGUUCACAACGAACUUGUCCUGACGGCAAUAUUCUAUGUCAUCAGGUUCACUCUAGCUCUAGAGCUCCAUCCAGACUGGAUGCUGUUACUGUUCUUCACCCACACACACCUAACUGUGACAGUAACACUGGGUCUGCUAUUCGUCCCAAAGUUCAUGUUUGCUGGCACCCACAUGAGAGAUGAUAUAGCCUCUGAGGCAUAUGAGGACGAGCUGGACAUGGGUCGUUCGGGGUCGUAUCUGAACAGCAGCAUAACAUCGGCGUGGAGCGAACAUAGUCUUGAUCCUGAAGACAUCCGGACACCAGACGAAAUGGGCCAUCUCAGUUCUAUUAAUGGCUGUGGCGUAAGGUCUUGCGACAGUCAUUGGGAAAAACGUACCAACGAGGAGUUGAAGAAACUCUACUCCCAGCUGGAGAUUUACAAGAGAAAAAAGAUGCUAGCAAACAACCCUCAUCUCCAGAAGAAGCGUAGUUCAAAAAAAGGGUUGGGUCGUUCGCUAAUGAGACGCAUAACUGAGAUUCCGGAAUCUGUGCACCGGCAAUGCAGCCGUGAAGACAAGGAUACUGGAGAACAUGGCAGCAGCAACCGUAACAGCAUUUGCAUGUUAAAGAAGAACCCCUUUGAUCAGAGUCACCCAAUAAAGCCGGCCAAGGAGGAGACGCUUAAAAACAAGGUUUUCUCCCUCAAGAAGUCCCACAGCAGUUACGACCAUGUCCGUGAUCAGAGUGAAGACUCCAACAGCUCAGCAACAGACAAGAUGGAGGUUACUCCAGCUGAAGGCUCUCUCUUGGACACACUUAUGGGCAAGAAGCUGGUCAAGAAGAAGUCCACUGAGAAUGUAGGGGUCAUCAGUGAAUCUACAGAAUCGGUUCCUUUGGUCUGCAAGUCAGCCAGCGCCCAUAACCUUACAGCAGACAAGAAACCAAUUCAUCCUAGAGCCUCCAUGCUUCAGAAGUCCCUCAGUGUCAUCGCCAGUGCCAAAGAGAAGACUUUGGGCUUGACAGGAAAGGCACAGGGUAUAGAGGACAGCAAUAAGAAGAGUCAGCCAAAGGGGAAAGACGAGGGCAAUGCCGAGCAGGAAAUCGAAUUCCAACCCAAGAUGAUUAUUAGCCAGUCAGUGGAGUGCAAACAGACUGCAUCAAUGGGAAGGAUCAUGAAACAGCCGGUGAGCGGCAGCCAGCCUACGAUCUGUUCUGAUCCAAUCAAGGGAGACCUCUACGAUCUCUCCGAGGUUUGUCCCUGGGAAGUGGAGGAUCUUCCAACACCGUCUGAAAAUAAGGUCCAAAAGCAUGUAUCUAUCGCACCAGAUGAAACCACAACUGUUCAUGGAGGUAGCACCAAGGGGGGGAAAUCUCAGCAGCAGAAACAGAAAGCUUCCGAUCAACCUCCAUCGAGUGGCAGUCAUUCAAAGGAAAGUCCAAAGACGAGCGCUGUACGAGCAGAUAUAUGUCCAUGGGAAGAUGGAGGUGAAAGUCAAGGUGGUCAAGUAGACAAAGUUGCUAAGACCGAUCCAACCGAGGGUUCUAAAACACAUCGGGUAGACGUUUGUCCAUGGGACUUUGAAGAGACCCAAAAGACGACAGAGUCAGGUUUUUCUCCAGAUGUCACGACACAAAGAAAAGGCACCUCUCCUGUGAAUGGUAAAAGGAGUACUCUUUUAGAUCCAUCCAAAACUGGAGACUCACUCCAGCCACUAUCUGCAAAAGUAGAUGUAUGUCCCUGGGACUACGACAGCACUGCAGUAUCUCCAAAUUCUGAGAGGACACCCAGUCCCUCUCAAGCAUCCAAAACCAAGGAAUCCCUGUCAAAAAAGAAGGGUUCCCCUUCCACAAGAACAGUUGAGAAAGAGAAAUCAAAAGACGCUGAGAAUGAGAAAGGUAGAACAAAAGCUAAGGACAAGAGUAAAUCUUCAGAGAAACAAGCAAGCCAACAAAAAAUGGCUGAGGUAUGCCCAUGGGAUGUAGAGAGUCAUCAGGAAGUGCCGGCGGUAGAGAAAAGGAAAAGUGCAAAUGUAGGAACGGCCAAAGCAAAGCCGGCGGAAGUCUGUCCAUGGGACUUUGAGGCUACGUUAGAUAACAAAGAUACAGACAAAAGUGCUUCUCCCGUGAAACAGAGCAAUCCCCAUCCUCAAGGCGGAGUUGCUAAAAAGGCAGAUGUUUGUCCCUGGGACUUUGACGAUAGCACAUCCAGCAAGAAGGCAUGACCUUAAUGGACUAUUGAAAUUAUAGUUAUUGAUGUAUACUUUUUUCACUCUGAAAAUGUUAAAUAUAAUCUUUUAUUAUAAGUCCGGUGACUUGGAAGAAAAGUUCAAGAUGAAGUUCCACGAGUUGCCUUCCUUUAUGAGGUUUUUUUCCUGUUUUACCUAUUUUGAAAAUAAGUAAAAUGUACAAAAAACAAUAAAGUCAUGACGAGCAUUCCAGAUUAUUACAGGAAGAUCCUGAGGAUAGAUCUUAGACUAAUUAUGCAACUUUUGAUUCAGCCUUUUCACUUCAUUAGCAAUGUUGAAUAUCAUGUUCUAUAUUCGGUCAACAAUUCUUAGUGGUUGUUUUGUGCAUUUAUCAUCAUCACUUAUUGGACAUAAUUUGAAGGGGAAUAGAAGUAUAAAAUUAAGGUUGAUGUACAAAACAGCAAAAGUGAAAGCCAAAGAAUAAGGAAACAAUUGCAAAGAGCGUUAUCGUCUGUGGGCGAUAAGGUUGAAUUAUUAUUUUGUGUCCACUCCUUGUUACAGACGGAGGGACUCCCAGUAUAUCAAAACAAUAUAUAGCACUUUAGCCAACAUAAAUUGAGAACUGAGGACGGACUCUGUUCUUUUUGUACAUUUUGUUUUCUUAUUUUCAACUUCAUGGCAUGAUGUCACAUACCGACCAAACUUAGUUUUUGUUUAGAUCUAUUUAAUUGUAGUUCUCAGCAGAUUCAAUUGCUUCCAAGUCUGCAGAGAUGUACUGUAUGUGCCUAACUAACUAGCAUUGUCUUGUAUCAGUCUGAAGCGAAGCAAAUUACUUCUUCUUCAGCACUUUGUGACGGUGAAUUAUAUAAACAGCAUGCACAGCCAAGUGUUGAGACUAGUUGGACCUUUCUGGUUUGUCAACUAAAGCAGUUUAUAUGUUGAGAAAUAUAUAAUGUUUUUUUGUUUUUUUUAACACCAGAGGCACUCCUUUUACUGCUUUCAUAUUUCCAGAAGCUCAUUCAGGAUGGUGUGGAUUAUAUGAGAGCAGCAUUAACAUGAAUGUGUGUCAAAAUGGCUCAUACGUACACUGUAAAAAGUAGGGUUAGAAGAACUGGGGCAAAACUGAGGGAACAAUGUGCACCAGCUUUGUUUAUGAAAUCAGCAUGGAUCUUUGUGUUGGCUUGCACCAAGUAUGUGUGUUUGUGUGUGGACACAAUACCCUGAAUUUAAAUUGAAAAUGUAGUUCUGUAGAUGAACCUCUGAUGUCUCAUACAAGAAGAAGCGCUUACACCCCCUAAAUACCAAAACAUUGAAUGGUUUCUCUAAACAGUAAUUCAUAUUUUUUUACCAGUUCACCAACAGCAAGUAAAAGCUGCUGCCUUGAAAGGUAAUAUUGGUUUAUUAUAAAUUGGGUCUUGUGUUCUUAAUUAUGGCCAUCAUUCCAACCAAACAUUUGGCUUGCUGAGACCUGGAACCAAAGCAACAACCCUAAACAAAGUUUAAUGUUGGCACAAACCAAGGCUAACAAUAAAAUACACUUUAUAUCCGACAUUUUGUUAACCGACCGACUUCCUGGUUAGAAUUUCACCUACCAUUGUUACCGUAGUUGUGUGUGCAUUCAACCAAUGGGACAGUUUCCUGUCUUGUAGGACUAUGUUUCAGUGAUGUAGCCUUGUUUCCAGAUAUUAGCUUUUGAUACCAAAUUAAAACCCAAUCCUUUGGAGAUCAAAACUAUCCUUUGAUAUUUUAAGAUAAAACAUUACUAUACGACCCUUAUACAAUUGCGAUAACAAGCACUACACUGCCAUCCCUUAUUUCUUUGCAUUUCUGUACGGAAAUUGAAUGCAUGCUCUUCCUACUUUAAUUCAGGUUGUUGAUCAGUUGAGAUUACCUUUUAGAAUUAGGUUUAGCAAUGUGGCAUCAAUGUAUAAUCUGACUAAACCUUUUGAGGGUUUUAAUUUGUUUAAUGUUUUGUAUCAAAAUGUCUAAAUAUUCAUCACGCACUAUUCACGUGAAAUAAAUAAUAUCCCACUUAAAUUUUAAAUGACCGUUGAACACUUCUUACAAAAAAACGUAUGUUAAUAUAGCAUCCACGGUAUUUUGUGAGGAAUACAUGGAAUCACUGAAUGUUGUCACUGAUUGUAAUGAUCUAUAAUUGCUGUCAAAUUCCUUAAUAUUCAAGCUCUAUAGGAGUCCUUACCUAUUGUGAUAAAAAAAGAAGUCCUAUUUGACAAAACAUCUUCAAUUGCUACAUUUCUAACAACAAAUAGUACAGCGAAAAUUAUAUUUUUAAUCUAAUUUUCUUCUACAGCUAGACUCAUCAACAGGAUUUAGAUGCUACGACAUACAUCUUUGAAAAAUGACCUCCGCCAUUGACCUAUUGGGUUCUCAUCUGAAAUAUUUCAAAUGUGUAGUGUUUGCCUUACAGCGUGAGAUUUGUCACCCCCCCCUCGCUUUAUGAGCUCCUUUAGGAACGGUGUCUGAGAACAACUGUCAACGUGCAUGGAUUGAUUGUAAUGAUUUGAUGGAUCUAUGUGAUAUUUAUGAACCAGAUGUUACGCGUCAUCCAUCAUAUGCAUUGUGGUAGUAGAUGCAGGGCCAUACCGAGAGACCCCGCCUGACAAGAACGACAUUUCAAAAGUCAUUUUUUAAGUCACUUUGGAAUCACUGCCGCAUUGGAUUUUUACUGCCCUGUUGAUGAACAAUAUGCUGUAUAUUUUUUAUCCUUGUAGGAAAGCUUUUUGAAAUGAGAACACGUGUUUAUUUCCUGAUAUUCAUUUUGAAAAAUGAGCUCAAACAGGCUUCGAAACAACAAUGAUUUUGAGAGAUUGGAUAUAUUUAUUGUUCAUUUGUAUAACAAGAAAAGACGGUAUUUUUUGCUGCAUUCAAAAAUGUACUUUUUAUUGAUUUGACACAGUGGGCCCAUGAUAUUUCCAGAUCAGAGCUGGAGCACAGAAGAAACACAAUUACACUUGUACUGUCUUAGAGCAGAACAUAAUAACAUCGCAAUAUCCUACUAUUUCACAGUGUAAUACAUCAUAUCACAACCAGUCUACAUUGUUGACCUAUUUGCAUGAUUCCAGUAUGCUUGCUUGAGCAUUCCUCAUUUUAGUAAGUUCAUGUGUACUUACUUGUGUAUACAAAACCAGUGUCUGUUACUCUGGAUAUUAUCGUUGUCUUUUGGCUGUAUCAUAUGAAUCAGUGAAAGUCAAAUGGACCCAUUUUUCUUGUACCAUCUAAAGAUAAUCUACACUGUGUCCUGUAGCUCUUUGUCCACCAAUCAGAUCCUUUACCAUUGUUGGCUAGCUGAUUUCAUUUAAACCCUCCUCUCUUGUGACCAAAACCAUGUCACCCGAUGGCAACACAACUACUACUAUAGCUACUACUACUAUUCAAUGCUGUAACGUCGUAAAUCUUUCUCUUGUGGCUUCUGCAUGAAUUCAAGAACAAAAAAAAAAUAAUAGGACCGAUGUUUCACUGCCCUUGAUAGAACAAAAAAGAAAAAAAAUGGAUCUUUUAUGGACUGUUACAAGUUGUAUAGUGAGUGAUACUGUCCCUAACCUACUGUAUUAUGUGCUUGUUAUAACUAUUGCUCUAUGACAAGCUUAUAGCAUCAAUAUAUGGGAACAUUUGGUAGAUUUAUAUUGUGUUAUAUUGUGAUAGCAUGUACAUAAAAGAUACCUC